AUCAUCAUCAGCAGCAACAUCAUGUGACGUUCUGCUAUUAUCAUCAUUAUCAUUGUCUCUCAAACAGUCGACUUCUUAUUCCCUUUCUACAUUCAUUUUCUAAGGAAAUACCUCUCAAUUUAAAUGAAACCCUAACCCCCCACCACAACCUCAAGCUAGCUAGCUUCUAUACCUGUCGACUGAGCCAUGGACUCGAACCCCACCACCACCACCAACUCCAACACGUUCCCCACCCAAACCCCAGCUACAGAUACCGAAACCCCACCACAAACUCAACCCUUCAAGUCCUUAUCCUUCUCCAACGGUUCCGGCCUCAAGCCCCACAAUCACCAAUCCACAGUCCGACCUCCAGCAUCAGCUCCACUACCAAUAAUGGUGGUGUGCUCCUACAAGGAAUGCCUCAAGAACCACGCGGCCAGCAUGGGUGGCCUCGCCCUCGACGGCUGUGGCGAGUUCUUGCCCUCCCCCUCCGCCACCCACUCCGACCCUACCUCUCUCAAAUGCGGCGCUUGUGGCUGUCACCGCAACUUCCACCGCCGCGGCACUGAAGAUACCGCUCCCAAAGUCCUCAGCAUCCACCGCGUCUCUUCCCCCAGCCCAAGCCCAAGCCCAAACACAGUAUGCUCACCACCGCCGCUCUCACACUUACCACCAUCCCAGUACUACUACUCGUCCGUCCCGCAAAUGCUGAUGUCUCUUAGCACAGCCUCUCCCCAGCCGUCCAAUGAGCACCGGCAAGACUCCAACCCACCGGUGACAAGGGCGGAGAACCCACUUGGGAGAAAGAGAUUCAGAACAAAAUUUACACAGGAACAGAAGCAGAAGAUGUUUCUGUUUUGUGAGAGACUGGGUUGGAAGAUGCCGAAGAGCAAUGAGAUGUUGGUGGAGUUCUGCAAUGAGGUCGGGGUUAAUAGAAGGGUCCUUAAGGUUUGGAUGCAUAACAACAAGAACCCUUUGAGGAAGAAAGAGAUGGGUUUCGGUCAUAAUAGUGGUGUCAAUGAUGAUAACGGGAAUGGUGGUAGAGUCAGCUUCGAGACCAAUGCUUAUAGCUGCAAGAAAGAGAUUGAUAACAAUGAGGAUGCUAGUCCUAAUCUUCAUGUUUCUGCCAAUGGGUCUCCUUCUUAACCUCGAUCAUCUGAGGAGACCGGAGGUAGAAUAUAGAGAAGAUGUUCUUUUUUCCUUCUUUUUUUUCGGCUUUGCAGAUUAAUGGUUACUGAUUACUUACUGUUAAUGAUGUUGGAGUGGAAGAGAAGAGAGAUUAACAGCUAAAGGGAAGUAAUUUUACUUAGUUAUGAAUGUAUGUUAAUUGACAUUUAGUUUCGUUGAAGUGGUAGCCAGAAUAUUGAUUUCA